UAAUACAGUAAAUUACAUACACCCAUACAUACAUCCAAUAUACAUUCAAUUUAAAUACACACGGAUAAAUUGAGGCUAAUGCCCUCCCCCGGUUUUUAGACCCGACCCUAAUUUGCUAUCGCGGCUCUUACUCCUCCUCAACCUCCUAUCUACCUAUCAUACCUAAGAUCGCCGAAGGGAAAAGUUAAGAGAUGGAGUACCCAUACUAUCCCAACCCUCCUCAGUCCCAAUCAUUCCCUCUAUACAACCUUCAAGGAGUGCCGGCGAUCGGUAACAACGAUAACAAUGGCAACCGUAACAACAAUUAUCAGGACGACAACCCUCAGGCCGAUGAUAUCCACAAUACCUUUGCUUCGUUGGGUUAUCAGUCUUUUGACCCUUCGUUCCGCUUCCAGAACCCCGCCUCCUUUGUACGUCCGCCACAUUCCCCGCCCGAAUCAUCCUCCAAGCACUCCGCUUCUAGCAGUGAUAUCCUCGGCCAACCGACCGAGCCGACUUCGAUAGAUGGGGAGCCCGGUCUGGGACGGAGCAGUAGUGAAGAGAAGGAGUCUAUGACUCCGGCGCAGUCAAAGCGCAAGGCACAGAACAGAGCUGCUCAACGCGCGUUUCGUGAACGAAAGGAGCGACAUGUGCGAGAGUUGGAAGAUAAGGUUAACAAUCUGGAGCAAGCAUCAUCCGACUUGAUGGCGGACAAUGAACGCUUGAAACGAGAGUUAGCUAGGUUUACAACGGAGAACGAGAUACUGCGCGCAACAUCAGGCUCAGGCGGUCGAACAAAUAACAACAACUCGGACGAGCCAUUGACGACCGGGCCAAUGAGAUAUUCGCCCACGGAUUUCUACUCGGAGCUUGUGCCCAAAGGCGAACCAUCCCGUCUUCAUCGAGUGUCAACUUGUGCGAAAACAGGAGAGAAGUUACUCGGUGCUGGCGCUACAUGGGACCUUAUCCAGGGACACGAGCUAUUUAAGCGCGGGCUAGUAGAUAUUAAAGAUGUCUCGGAACGACUAAAGAAUAUAACCCAGUGUGAUGGACAAGGCCCCGCUUUCCCUGAGGGCCAGGUGCUUAAGGCGAUUGAAGAAAGCGCUGCUGCUAACCAUGAUGAUCUUCUAUGAGUUUCGAGUUCCACGGAGUCACAAAGUUGUUCUUUCGAGCUUGGUACGGUUUAGUUAUGGCGCUUGUCAAUCGGUGUUUUUGGUGCGAGGACUAAUGAUUAUGAUGAUUAUUAUACUUCUUAUUUUGGAAGGUACUUGGGAGAAUCUUUACCAUUUAAAGGGCUUUUUUUUAUAAUGGCUGGAUGAGUGGUUUAGUAGCCGCCAGGCAUUUCGGAGCGU